GGGACCGGUGGCUGAAUUACGGGCCCGGGAAUUGCAACACUUUGUACCUUAGCAUCGGAAUGAAUGAUUACAAAAGAAAAGGUGUCGUUUGCGUGGAGUAGGGGCUGGCGGAGAGUGAAGCGAAUGUGCCGAUUUGAAACCACAGGACUGUAAGCGCCUCCUCUCUCCCCGCACGAGACCCUCCCGCGGGCCCGGCUGCCGCCUCUGGACCGUCCGGAGAGAACAUGGCGGCCCCCGGCGCCCGGGGCUGCAGCCUCGCGGGCCUGCUCCCGGCUCAGACCUCGCUGGAGUACGCCCUGCUCGACGCCGUCACCCAGGAGGAGAAGGACAGCCUGGUCUACCAGUAUCUCCAGAAGGUGGACGGCUGGGAGCAGGACUUGUCAGUGCCCGAGUUUCCGGAAGGAUUAGAAUGGCUGAACACAGAAGAGCCUAUUUCUGUCUACAAGGAUCUGUGUGGAAAAGUAGUCAUCCUGGAUUUCUUCACCUACUGCUGCAUAAACUGUAUUCACCUACUGCCUGAUCUUCAUGCAUUAGAACACACAUACUCCGAUAAAGAUGGUCUUCUGAUUGUUGGUGUUCACUCGGCUAAGUUUCCAAAUGAAAAAGUCCUGGAUAACGUUAAGAGCGCCGUUCUUCGAUACAACAUCACCCACCCUGUGGUUAAUGAUGCAGAUGCCAGCCUGUGGCAAGAAUUAGAAGUCUCCUGCUGGCCAACUUUGGUCAUAGUUGGACCUCGUGGAAAUAUGUUAUUUUCUUUGAUUGGAGAGGGACAAAAAGAUAAAUUAUUUUUAUAUACUUCAAUAGCUUUAAAGUAUUAUAAAGACAGGGGACAGAUCAGAAAUAAUAAAAUUGAAAUAAAACUCUAUAAAGAUUCUUUGCCACCUUCACCAUUGCUGUUUCCUGGCAAAGUAACAGUAGACCAUGUUUCUAAUAGAUUGGUAAUAGCAGACACUGGACAUCACAGAAUUUUGGUCGUCUGGAAGAAUGGACAAAUUCAGUACAGCAUUGGAGGACCCAACCCUGGAAGAAAAGAUGGAAUAUUUUCAGAGUCAACUUUUAAUUCACCACAGGGUGUAGCCAUAAGGAAUAAUAUCAUAUAUGUGGCAGAUACUGAAAACCACCUUAUAAGAAAGAUUGAUCUACAAGCUGAGGUGGUGAGCACUGUAGCUGGCAUUGGAAUUCAAGGUACAGAUAAAGAAGGUGGAGCUAAAGGAGAAGAACAGCCCAUUAGUUCCCCCUGGGAUGUAGUUUUUGGGGCAUCAGGGUCAGAGGUCCAGAGAGAUGACAUUCUCUGGAUAGCCAUGGCCGGGACACACCAGAUAUGGGCACUGCUCCUGGACAGCGGCAGCCUACCAAAGAAAAAUGAGCUGAAAAAAGGAACCUGCCUUCGGUUUGCUGGAAGUGGAAACGAAGAGAACCGAAAUAAUGCAUAUCCUCACAAGGCAGCCUUUGCCCAACCUUCUGGUCUUUCUCUGGCCUCUGAAGAGCCCUGGCACUGCCUGUUUGUAGCAGACAGUGAGAGCAGUACCGUGAGAGCCGUCUCCCUGAAAGAUGGGGCGGUGAAGCACCUUGUCGGAGGAGAACGAGACCCCAUGAAUUUAUUUGCUUUUGGUGAUGUUGAUGGAGUAGGAAUCAAUGCCAAGCUUCAACACCCACUUGGAGUAACCUGGGACAAGAAAAGGAAUGUACUUUAUGUGGCAGAUUCUUAUAAUCACAAGAUCAAAGUUGUGGAUCCCAAAACAAAAAACUGUACAACAUUAGCAGGAACUGGAGACGCAAGUAAUGUUAUCACUUCCAGCUUUACUGAGUCAACUUUUAAUGAACCAGGAGGCUUGUGUAUUGGAGAGAAUGGCCAGUUAUUAUAUGUAGCGGACACCAAUAAUCAUCAAAUUAAAGUGAUGGAGUUAGAAACAAGAACGAUAUCUGUGCUUCCAGUCUUCAGAUCUGAAAACGCUGUUGUAGAUGGCCCAUUCCUAGGAGAAAAACAGAAGACAUUACCCAAACUACCUAAAUCUGCUCCAAACAUUAGACUUUCACCAGUGGCUGCAUCUCCAGGCCAGACUCUGCAGUUCAAGCUAAGAUUAGACCUCCCCUCAGGAACAAAGUUAACUGAAGGAGUACCCAGUUGUUGGUUUCUAACAGCUGAAGGCAAUGAAUGGCUUCUUCAAGGACAGAUACCCUCUGGAGUAAUUGAGAGCAUUUCCAGUCAACCAGCCAUCUCCCUGCAGAUUCCUGGAGAUUGCCUAUCACUUGAAGCCGUUCUGUCUAUCAGCGUGUUUCUUUAUUACUGUAGCGCAGACAGCAGUGCCUGUAUGAUGAAGGGAAUUAUGUUCAGUCAGCCUUUACAGAUCACCAGUGCGCAGCAAGGGUGCAUGACGCCAGUCGAGCUCGCGUAUGUAUUUUAGCAAGCCAGCUAGCUACCCAGUCACCAGAGCCACUGUCCCCCGUCCUCCCAGCCACUGUACCUUACGAAACGCAGCUUUAUUUCUGCCUCUGGAUACCAAGAGACUCAGUGCUCAGUUCUAGCAACUGAUACUAACGUAAAGCUAUGCUCCAUAUUUACUUAUCUGUUAGAAACCAAUCCCUUCCUUCUGGCUGUGUACCAGAGAAAUCGUUGACCAUCAUUUGAACCACGAUUUUGUAAUCUGUGCUAUUUGGCACAAAACUUAAGUCCACACUAUAGUCUAGACUAUUAUCAUGACAGUAAUUUGCAAUGAAUACUGAUAACAAUAGUGAAACCAAAUAUUUUAACUAACUUUUUCUAUUUUUAUUAGUAGUGAAUAGCACAUUUAAAUAUAUACGUUUCACAGUAACUUUAAACAGAACCUGAGAUCUAGUCCACGUGUUGGUAUCAGGACACCUGCCAUUCAGGGCCUAAGGUCGGUUUUAAGCCAAACAAACAACAACAAAAAAAAGUCUUCAUGUCACAGUAGAAGCUUAAAGAGUUAUCAGGGUGGUCGAUAUGUUCUUUGUUCUCCUCUGUGAUUCUCUCAUUUGAGAGCAAUUUAAAAGAGAAUUUCUAUUUUUUAUUAUAAAUUAUUUGCUAUGAUAACAUACUGUUAUUAAUGCCUUAUAACUCUAUACAGAAAAAGAUGUCUAAAGAUGUACUGACUCAAUUCCUUAACUUUUUUCUGAAUGAAUGCAGUCUUAUCAGAUGAUAAGUGAGUCCUCAGAAAUACUAGAACUCACAAGGAGAAAGGGACUUUGGGACAUAUUACUAUCCGGGAUACUAUUUAUGAUAAAGAAUAAAUUGUGACGGGUGAAUCUGAGUAAAUGGAUAUAAACAUUUUCUCAGAGGUUUAAAUUUCACUUGUAAGCGUGAAAAUAUGCAGAUUCGUUGCAUUUGGGGUUUUUUGGUUCCCAUAUUUCAGAACUUUAUUAAAUGAUGAUCAUUUAUUGUGAUGUUUUUAAAAAUCACUUUUAAGCCUUCAAGGAAAGUUUUAGUGUGAAGCACUUUCAUCCUAUUAAUAUGUAUAUAUAUUUAUUACUCUUUAAAAUAUUAGGGCUGAAACAUAUAGUGAUUUAAUGACAUUGGGGUGGCUUUUAACCCCAAAAGAAAUUUGUCAGUAGAAGAUAUGGAAUGUUUUUUUUCUUAUCAUAAUUUCCCUUUAUAACUAUUUAAAAGCCUAUUCUUGUUUUUACUAUAACUGAUUCAGUAUGUUUGUGAUUUAAUCAGUGUACAGGAUUUUGAAAAUGCAAGGUAUAAACUAUAUUUCCCCAAAAAAUCUUUAUAGGCAAGAUGACAUAAUAUGCUUUUCCCUCCUUCAGAAACAAAUCUUUAGAGUACCAUCAUUUGCCCAUUUUUCUUUCUGAAAUACAGUUUUGAACAUAAUAGCUUCAUUUAGUGAGGUUCUCUAAAUCUCUGAAGUAAGGAAAUGCAAAGUCAUGGUUUGGAUUUAAUUUGUAAACUGCUAAAGCUAUUUUUAAAGAGAAGCAUAAAUGUAAAAUUAAAAGGAAUCUUGUUUAAAAUUAUUAUGUAAUUACCUCAUAAACCUUUUCUUUCCAUAAAAAGCAUUCUGUGUGAAAGGGAUGAAUAACAUUAAUAUUCUCUUUUAUGAAAAAUAGGCUGAAGUCCUGUUUUAAUCUCAUUUGAAAUAUUAUACUUUUCAUUUCCAUUUGGACAUAAUAAGAAUAUGUUGGCUUAAUCUUUUCCUAUUUAAAGACAUAAACGUUUUCACUCCCUGGGAAAGAAGUAUAUACGGUUUUAUCCUAAUUCAGAAAUACCUGAUAAUUAAUUUUUCAGUAUAAUACACAAACACAUAUGUAUUAUGUUAUCUCUUAGAAUCUAUUAAUAUUCCUUUUGUCUAGACAGUUUUCAGUUAGGAUUAAGCUUAUACUUUUCUUUCAAAGUACAGUUUUAUUGAACAUUCUUAUUCUUAGUCACCAGUAUGCACUACUUUUUACAUUAAAAAUAUUAUUUAUGUGGAUUUAGUAUGAUUUUUUUAGGAAUCCUACUAAAGCAGUAUAAAUAGGUUCCUAGAAUUUAUGACUAACAUAAACCUCUUACAUAAGAGGAAGCACUAGAAAGUUUAUUUUUAAAAACUUCUUGAUCCUUUUCUGCCUUCUGUUUUCUGUAAGGACUUGCAUGUUUUUUUAACUUUUGCUUUUCUGUUAUAAAUUAUGCCCAGUGAUAGUUUAAAAAGAGUCAGAUUUCAGUAUAAGUCACCUUAAUCGAAGUGCCAGUAAUGUGGCAUCACACACACUUUGACUCAGUACCUGGGGUCUUUGCCCUAAAUUAUUGUGCAGUUUUGUCACUAUUUUUUCCAUCACACUCUGGGAUAUUAUUUCACAAGUAGUGAAACUUUUUUUUUUUUCCUGAAUUUAUACUCAGGAGUAAUAGGUUCCCUGAAAAGAACUUAGCUUAUCUUAAAUAUGCUGCCUCAAGCAAAUAUUUAACCUAUUCACAAGGAAAAACUUUACAGUUGAAUCACCCACAAGUGUAAUUCUGGCAAAGUUCAAUGACUACAAAACAAUUUUCUCCUUAACUUCUAAUUAAUACUAUAGUCAUAGUAUUAUUAGAUCUGCAGAAAGCUAUAAAUCUUUAACACAGUCAAAAACUUCCCAUCUAAGUUUCUCUUAUGGGCAGUGUUCUUUUGGUUAGUAUUACCAAAAUAAGUCUCUGCUGCUUUUUCCAUGGUUGGAAAUGUUAGGAAAAUACUGAAAAUGGAUAUCUGUAAUAAUUUUCUGCAUGCACAAAAUUUAUGAUUUAUUAUGUCUGCCAAUUAAAAAGACUUCAGUGUGGCCCUUGUAUUUGGUAUCAUGUUUAGAAACAGUCAUCAAAAACUAAAUCCCAUAGUUCACAACUGCAUAAAAAUAUCUGGAGAGGAACUAUGUCAACGGUAGUUUUCCUGAAUGAUGAAAUUAUAAAUAUUUUAAUUCUACUUGUAGUUUCUUUUCAGUGAACAAUGUGUUAUUUUCAGGGGAAAAAAAAGAUUUUUUUGAAGAUGUAAAGUGAUACUGAAUUUAAAGGAACCUGAAUUGUAAGCACUGGUGUAACUUUUAAAAUCACCUUUAUUGCAAUGAUCAGAACAUAAUUUGGAAUGAUUUGAUCUAUUGGUUCUCUUAAGUAUGUGAUUUGGUGAAGACAGAAAUGAUUAGGACUUUUUCUUGUGAUUUUAUUGUGCAGAGGUUAAAGUGCAUGUGUUUUGUAGGCUUUCGGAUUCUAACUGUGUAAAAUGGGGCCGCUCUGUUUUAUGGGGUCGCUAUAAGGAUUCAAUGAAAUAAUGUUUGCAAAGCAUUUAGUAAUUAAUGGAACUGCUACUUAUUAGUUAAUAAUGAUAAUUUAUGACCAUAAUAUCUAGCUUGACAUUUUCUUUGCAAUGGCAGUUUCUAAAGGAAAAUAUUUCUCAACCAUCUAUUUGAUAUGUUAAUACUCUCCAGAGAGUUGGGACCCAAUAAGAGAAACACAGUUUUAUAAUAAAAUAUGUUACUAUUUAUAAAUGAUGUUAGAGUUAGAAACCUACAGUUUUAUGAAAAUUUUCUUAAACCCAGAAUUGCAAGUAAUAUCUUCCUCUGAGAGGGUCCACGCAUACUCACCCUGCACCCCAUUCCUGUUAAUACACUCGGAUGGUGCUCUACAAAAUCUUCAAAGUGCCUUCAUGCAUUUUGCCUCAUUGAGCUUCAAAGUAACCUAUGAGUCAGACAAAUAGAUGUUACGUCCAUUUUACAGAUGAGAAAAUGGCUCUAGAACAUUGGUGACCAUAUCUCAAGCUCUGAGAAUAAUGUUAGACACUGGAGUGGUGCCUGGCCCAGGCUGUCGCUGGACCAAUUUCGUGGAAUGACUAACAAGGUGAAUAGUGAGUGAUCUGUCUUUUAUUUUAAUACAGUCUCCUAAUUCCUACCUCUACUCCCAGAUGUAGAGUGAAGACAGACUGCAGAAUUUAGAGUACUUGCUUCUGUGAAUGCUUUCUUAAGCCUUUGUAGUAUUUACAUAGAGUAAAUUAAAUAGCCGAAUAUAUUGAGUGCUUAAUAUGUGCCUGUCACUUUUCUAAGUGCUUUUUAUGUAUUAACUCAUUUAAUCUUCAUAACAGCCUUCUGAGAGAGGUACAAUUUUCCUUAUUUCCCUGUCGAGGAAACUGAAACAGAAGAGUGAUAAGCCUUUCCACCAGUAUGUUCAAACUCCCGCAUUUAGGAAGUGGCCAGGCCUGGAUGAGUUGGCUGAACUACCAUGUUAAAUUGCCUCUCAAAAGUUAAUUUUUUAAAAAACAUGAAGCUUUUAAAUAUAUACUAAAUAAUAGUCAAUCUAAAGAAUCCAAAAAGUCCUAGUGAUGAUUGUUUUUGAAAUUUAACUUAAAUCCAUUUAACUGUAUUAGUUUUUGACUUUUCAUUAUACGUUCUUAUCCUUCAUGGCUGGAACGGUCUGUAUACUUUUGUUUCCCCAAAAAAUUUUAUGUACUAUUCUUUCUUAAAUUCAGAUGUUAUCCAGGAUUUUUCUUGGCAGAUGGAUGUAUUAAGGAAUUAAGUAGAUUUUCAAUGUUAGCUCCAACAAUGCUAUUUUAAUUGGUCUUCAAAAGGUAAUUAUAGGACCUUGUCAUAAGAAUAACUUAAUUCUUAGAACAGGACUGUCUAACAACCUAAGAAUCUUAGCCAUAUUUAAGAACAUUUUAAUAACCAAAGCAAGUUCUAGAAGCAUACAUAGUAUUUGGCCAGUCUUGUUAACACAUAAAGUUCUCUGCUUACUCGCUUCAUAAAUGACACUGGUAUGUAAGACCUCCUCCCCCGCCCCCACUCCAGUGACUCAAAUACAUGGGGUUUUAUUACAGUAAACCUCUUCUAGCAUUAGGUACUCAACGGAUGGAGUAAAAUGUUACCACUGUGACUCAAUAAUCAUCCAGGAACAAGAUUAUAAACAUCUUUCCAUUAAAUAGUUUGCAAAUUUAAAUUAUUAGAACUUGUUCAUUAUAACAAAAUCUCACUCCUGAAACCCAUACGGAAAUGUAAAACUUACAAGGUAGUUACCGUGUCCUGCCUUAGAAGUAGAAUUCACCAUUAAUCGCCAAGAUUUCCUCCUCUUCCUCCUGUGGCAGAGACAUAGUUUAUUUAAAUGAAGAAUUCACACCAACCAUAAAUCUCUAUUUUGUCCUGAAUAAUUAAGUUUGUUUUCCCCAUUUUCUUGGCAAUAGGGUAACAUAAAGAAUAGUGUUAUAAAUCAGGGGCUUACCGAUCUGUCUACAUGUGUUCAUUGACAGCCAACCUUGGCCCUUUUGCACAUCAGACCUACACGUUCACUGGCUGCUUCUGGCUUCCCGGCAGCCGGUCUGACCAGCCAAGGCCUGGGCACAGUGGGCCAGGAGGCAGCGCGAGGCAGCUUUUCCGAUUGCCACCCUUCUAUUUCCUAGUGUGCUCAUUGGGUUUCAUUAUUUUCAAAGGUUAGAGUUGAAUGGUGAAAACUCUAGAUCCUGGUUGUGGAAUGUUUGCCUAAUUAGAGUUGUCCUUUGUCUGGGGUGUCCCCCUUCAAGGCAUGGCACUUACAGGUACACCAAAGAGCAUUUUGUUCUGUCGAAAGCCCCAGCCAAAAAGAAUCACAAGUGUUUCCAAAUAUGCCUCCCUGCCUCUACCAGCAGCCAUGUGCUAAGAAACACUAAACAAGCACAAAUGAUCGCUAAACAACCAUAUACUCGGACCUUUUUGUGGCUUCCAGGGCAUGGUAUGAAUUCCUUCCUCUUCUAGAGCAACUAACAGACCUGCCGGUUUUCGGUGACACGGAGGUCAGCAAAAUUUGUUAAUGUUUAAAAACUUGGAACUAUGAGUUACAUGGACAAACAUAAUGUAUUGCCUUUGUUUUUAAUAUGCUUGGUUACAUACUUACAUUUGAAAUAAAGUGAAAUGAGACCUCAUAAUGCUGAGAAAUGGGGGGGAAGCCUUCAGAUUAAAUAUGCCCAGUUUAAACAGUAUUUUUAUGACUCUUUGGUGUGCUGUGCUCAUGAUAAAUAUCUUCUAAAAUAGAGAGCAAAACAGUAGUUGAUACAUUAUGGUAAUGAAGGAUAAAAAUAGACAUGUUCCUUUCUCAAAAUGUAGAAGGACUCUGCCAUGUAACAAUCUUCUAUUGUUAGAAUCUGUGAUCAUUAUUCCUUUUUUUUUUUCCCCCCCCUGUGGUCAUUAUUCUUAACCCCGCCAGAAUUACAAUCAUUCUGUGAGUAUGGACAGGACGAGCUGCCUGUUUUGUUCAUUAUGCUGUUCAAAACUAACAAGGUCUUGCUUGUAUAGAGUUGAAAUGUCUUGUCCAUGCAUGCCUCCAAUACUCAUCACCCAAAUUUACCUGUAAAAUAUAUACUUCCACUUCCUCUCCACACCUUAGUCUUCCCUCUCUUUAAAAACAAUGGUAGUUUCUGUAGAAGUUUCCGUGAGGAGCUAUGGUUCUGCAGCAGAAAGGUUUUGUUGUGGUAAAGUGUUUUUUCUAGAAUUCCUAAUAAUAUCUCGGUUUCCAGAGCAGAACAGUACCCCCUGGUGAUUUUAAGAUUAAUUUCUCUCUAGUUUGCAGUAUACAUACCUUCCUAGUUGUAUUUUACAUAGGUUAAUAUUUUUUUUAAGUUUGAAAUUCUGUUAAGGGUGCAUUGAGAACCAGUUUAGAAAUACUUUCAUUGCUGUAAUUACAUGUGGUUUGUGGACAAAUCAAAGUUUGCUGUGUGCUUGAGAUAUAUAUGUAUAAAACAGAUUUCCAAAUUGUAACAUUUCAUCAAUUUGUCAAAUUUUAGAGACUCAGACUCUCCCAUCUUUUGUGUGGAUAAGGUUGUGUUUUUAUUUUUGAAAAUAGAGUUGGUCUGCUGUGCUGACUUCGUAUCUGUCAUUCCAAAGGUUUGCUUAUUUUUUUCUCCAGAGAUAAAAAUGCAAUGAAAAUCCAAUUUAGAACUUCACAUAUUGAUAUUUCCGUCCAUACUCUAAUUCUAAAAAUGGUUGUGGUCUGCUUUUUUAAGUGUUUCAUGUAGGCAGAUUAAUAUAUUUUUAUAUAACAUUGUAUUUCUGCAUCUAUCUCCUGACUGUUUUCAGUGACGCUUUCCAGCGCAUGUGUUAACAGAAGACCAUUUGGAAUGAGUGUGCGCAACAGCCUUCACUACCAACCCGAACGAUGUGUAAUGCGUGUGGUUACAAAAGCAAGAAUGUAUUUAUACUCUAUACUGAAACCUAAUGCCUCUUUUCUAAAACUUUGCACAGUUUUUUUUCAUGAAAUAGAUUAAAUAUUUUCUCUCUAAA